GCCUCUGGGUGGCGAUGUUGGUGUGUGUGAGAAGGAAGUAGACAGGAAAAGGCAGCUGGGCUUAUUGACAAGGACUGUACGGUUUUUGGACUUACUUUGCUCAUGCUGGAGACCUGUCUCUUAUUUUCCACUGAUUCUGAUGUUCUUGGAUUUAACGCAGAGUAUCUGUCAGAAGUGUAUGAUGGAGCCAGCGGUUCGUCAGAUUUGGAAGAGAGGCUUUCACAAUCUCCACAGACCUUUUAUUCUUCAUAAGAGAACCCACUCUGGUCAGCCUGAACAUGCAGACGUCAGUCACUCCAGACAUGUCAAACCUGCGCUGCUGGUGUCUCGUCUCUACCAGCCUUCCAACCUGCGGGAUGUGGGGCAGGAAAGCCGGUUGCCGGGGGAGAUGACCUGUAAGAGCCAGAGGCUAAUGCAGCAAGCAGGGCUCAUCCAUCCGUCGAAUCCAGGCUGCUACUACUACCUUCCCUCCACUGUCCGCUCUAUGGAAAAGCUGGUAAGGGUGAUUGACCAGGAAAUGCAGGGGAUUGGUGGACAGAAGUUAGACAUGCCCAGUUUGUGCUCAGCUGAUCUCUGGAAAACCAGUGAGCGCUGGGAUCUGAUGGGAAAGGAGCUGUUCCGUUUGAAGGACCGUCAAGGUGCAGACUAUUGCUUGGGUCCCACACAUGAGGAGGCCAUAACAACUCUCGUCGCUCACCAGACCACCCUCUCCUACAGACAACUCCCUUUACUUCUUUACCAAAUCACCCGCAAGUUCAGAGAUGAACCGAAGCCGAGGUUUGGUCUCCUGCGAGGGAGGGAGUUUUACAUGAAGGAUAUGUACUCGUUUGAUGUGAGUGAGGAAGCCGCUCAUGAGACAUACGAAUCAGUCUGCGAUGCGUACGUUCGGCUCUUUGCUAGGUUGGGUCUGCGUUGCGUUCAAGUGCAGGCGGACACUGGAAACAUUGGUGGCACGCUCUCCCAUGAAUUCCAGCUGCCCGCAGAUAUUGGUGAGGACCGGCUUCUAGUCUGUGGGACCUGCUCAUUUGCUGCUAACAUGGAGACUCUGUCUCCAGACAGAACAUACUGUCCGCAGUGCAGCACUGGCACACUGGUAGAGUCAAAAGGAAUAGAAGUAGGGCACACAUUUUAUCUGGGUAAAAAGUACUCCCAUAUUUUCAAUGCCACUUUUAGUAAUCACCAAAACAAACCUGCUGUUGCUGAGAUGGGCUGCUAUGGUCUCGGAGUGACCCGCAUUCUUGCUGCGGCCAUUGAAGUGAUGUCAACAGAAGAGGGGAUCCGCUGGCCUAAUCUUAUUGCCCCAUAUCAGGUGUGUGUUUUACCCCCUAAGAAGGGUAGCAAAGUGGACGAAGCAGCAACCCUGGCAGAGGAGCUGGUCCACAACUUGGGACAGUUUUUGCCACAUUUGAGAGGUGAAGUUGUUUUCGACGACCGAACACAGAUGACCAUUGGAAAGAGACUUAAGGAUGCUGGCAAACUGGGCUACCCGUAUGUGGUUGUUGUUGGACAGGCAGCUCUGGAGGAAAUGCCGAAGUUUGAGGUGAUAUGUCAGCAGACUGGUGAGACAAUGUUUCUCAGUAAAGAUGGACUGCUAGAAUUACUGGGAACUGUGGAAACUGUGUAGAGAAAAGUCUUUAAACUGGGUUGAACUAACUGUUCAAAGUUUUUGUAUUUUUCUUUUUUUUUUUGGGUUGCUCCAAGUAUCAAAGCCUUUAAUAUCACCACAGAAUGAAACUUGCUGUUAAAACUAGCUUCAUUAUAGAUGGAAAUAUUUGAAUGCAUUUGAUUAUGACAAUAAAAUUAAUGUAAAAAAAAAAUUCUUUCCUUGUUUUAAAUUAUUUAGCUUACUGUUAUUUCCAAAAAUCCAGUAC